CAAACCCAAACCAACCCAAGUGCGCCUCCCCCGUCUCUCUCUCCCUGCGAUCGAUAUCUAUGAGAAAAUCAAAAUCUCGAGUGACAAUAGUAUUGAAAUAAAAUCAGAAAACUUGAAAGAGAAUCUAUUCAAUUAUUGCACAUGGACAUGAACACGACGAUAAGCGUUGAGCCUUUCAAGCGGCUUGUAAAGCUUGCGGCUCGAGCAUUUUAUGAUGAUGUAUCAACAAAAGGAGAAAAUCAGUCCAAAAACAACGCUCGCGGCGACAACAAAGGCAUUGCCGUCGUCGUUCUUGAUGCUCUCACCAGGCGACUAUGGGUUAACGAAGAAGGUUUGGCUAAAGACUUGAAAAUACACAUUAAGCAACUUCGUCGGAUUCUCCGCCUUUUUGAGGAAGAUAAACUCCUCACCCGUGCUCAUAGGAAAGAGACAGCAAAGGUUACGAAGAAACCGAAUGCUGGCGGUGCUGAUAGUCAAAGAAAGUUUGGUAGUAGAGAGGAUGAUAAAAACAAGCUCCAUACUCACUCUUAUUGUUGUCUAGAUUAUGCGCAGAUAUAUGAUGUUGUUAGGUAUAGAUUGCACCGCAUGAGGAAAAUGAUCAAGGAUGAAUUGGAGAACAAUAACGCUGUUCAACAGUAUAUAUGCCCCAUCUGUGAAAGAAGAUACAAUGCUUUGGAUGCACUGCGCUUGAUUUCUCUAGUUGAUGAAGACUUCCACUGUGAGAAUUGUGAUGGGGUACUUGUGGCUGAAAGUGACAAGUUGGCUGCCCAAGAAGGAGGAGAUGGAGAUGACAAUGCAAGGAAGCGGAGGCGUGAAAAAUUGAAAGACAUGCUUCAAAAUAUGGAGGUACAACUUAAGCCAUUGAUGGAUCAACUUAGCAGAGUGAAAGAUCUACCUAUUCCUGAAAUUGGAAGUCUUCAAGCAUGGCAACUUCAUGAAAAUGCUGCUGGGCGUGCGACAAAUGGUGAUCCUAAUUCCGAUGAUCAUUUCAAAUAUUCUCAAGGACCAGGGUAUGGUGGAACACCAAUGCCAUUUCUUGGCGAGACAAAGGUCGAAGUCGCCUUUGCUGGUGAUGAAAGCAAAGAGAAUAUCAAAUCUGAAACUGCAAGUACAAGUCUAAAAGUAUUACCACCAUGGAUGAUCAAGCAGGGAAUGAACCUUACAAAGGAGCAACGUGGAGAGGUCAAGCAGGAGAGUAAGAUGGAUAGCAGUUCGACAGCUGUAGAAUUCUCAGAUGAAAAGAAGUCUGCUAAAGUGAAUGGUGAUAGUAUAAAGGAGGAGUAUGUUAAAGCUUAUUAUGCUGCUCUGCUUGAACAACAAAGACAGGCAGAAGAAUCUGCUAAGCAACAACAAGAGUUGUCUCAGACAUCCAUGUCCAAUGGCCUUUCUGAAUCAUCUUCUAAUCGUCAAGUGGGCAUGAAAUCCAAACGUGAGGAGGGUGAGGGAGAUGAUGAUGUUGAAUGGGAAGAGGCUCCAAUUGAAGGCAAUACAAGUGAAAGUUACAGGCUCAAUGAUUUGAAUGAUGAAGCACCAGCUUCUGGAGAGGAGGAUGAUGAUAUAGACUGGGAAGAAGGUUGAGGGAGCACUGGUUUUACUGAUAGUUGCUUAACACAUGCCAUGCACCAGAAUUGCUUUGCCGUAUAAGUUAGCACUGGUUUUAUGUUCUUCCCGAAUUCCUGAGGAACAAUUAAUGAAACCUCUUCCCUACCUAGCAAGGAGCUUCUGGUCUGCAUUUGCAGUCAAAGGUGAAGUGUAGCAGACCAAGUGUCUUCUGCUUGGUCCAUUGUCUGAAGAUUUUCUUUUCUUCUGACGAGCUUUAAUGCCAUCUUGUCACUAACAUGAAACUGAGUUUUAGUGACAAUCGCUUGAAAAUUCUAGAUACUAGAUGCCUUUUAUAUAUAUAUUGUGGCCAAAAAAUUGCUAUCAUGUGUAGUAACAUUGAUGCAAUUUAGUUUUUUUUAUUGACAGUCAAUUUAAUGUUAUUUACUCCGAGCGCCAUGAAAAAAACAGUGUAAAAGCUGGUAUAAUGGGCGCCGCCGUUGAAUAAACGGUGCCCAAUAUGUAUAAUAAGGCGGUUUCUAUAA